AAUACGUUGAUACUGUUGAGGAAACCCUAGAAGGACUGUUACUAAUCUUUUGAAAUUUACAUUAUGUUUUCUUUCUUUAGAAAGUAUUUUGGAGAAAAAAUUGGAAUGUAUUUUGCCUGGCUGGGCUUAUACACAGAGUUUCUUAUUCCAUCUUCGGUAGUUGGAAUCAUUGUGUUCCUGUACGGAUGCUUAACCAUUGAAAGUGACGUUCCUAGCAAGGAGAUGUGCGACCAACGUAAUGCCUUCACCAUGUGCCCUUUGUGUGACAAGACAUGUGACUACUGGAACCUUAGUAGUGCUUGUGGCACAGCACGCGCCAGCCACUUAUUUGACAACCCCGCCACCGUCUUUUUCUCCGUUUUCAUGGCACUUUGGGCCACCAUGUUCCUUGAAAACUGGAAGCGUUUGCAGAUGAGACUAAGUUAUUUCUGGGACCUAACUGGCUUGGAGGAGGAAGAAUUAAAUCAAGAAAGGGGCACAAGGAUCAUUGCACUACCUCUGUACCCUUUGCUGAUCUCCCCAGAUUUCAAAGUUGGAAACUUUCGCUGCUCACGGAGUCUCAACAUAGUAUCGGAGAAGCUGUCGGGCAAAGGACACUCGGGCUUCGGCCACCGGCCACAGGAACAAGGUCUGAUGCGAAGCUGCACAGCUUCUAUUCAAGCAAGAACACCAGAAAGGAAGUAUGAGCCUUCCUGA